AUGAUGAACCAGGAGAUAAUGUGUGAAGUGGAGAUUAAUUCACAUGGAUCCAUGGUUGAAAUAGAAAAUGAUGACCAAGUUGGUGUUAAGUAUGAAGAAAUAGAGACUAGUCAAUAUGAAGAGUAUAUAACAGAUGAUCAAUAUGAAGAAGUGGAGGAGCAGGUUAUUGGGAUGCAACAUUUGGAAGAGGACUAUAAAAUUACAGUCGGCAGCGAGGAAGUUAUUCUACCUGGGUUGCCAGGCGAUGACCCAUUACACGGCAAUUCAGAAGUCAAUUAUGAUUCUAUAUACACACCAGCUUCCACAAGUAAUAAUAGAGGGCGCGGUAGACCACGAAUCAGUCCCCAAGGAAUUCAUCAUUUGAUGCCAAUUGGAGAAGUUCCAAUGGGUCUAAUGGAAAAUAAUGCAAACAGGGGCACAGCAAGGAGGUGGGAACAGAAACAAGUUCAGAUCAAGACAAUGGAGGGAGAGUUCUCUGUCACUAUGUGGGCUACCGGGGAAGACGAUGAUGACGGAUCAAAUCCUGAACCGGACCCUGACUAUACCGAAUAUAUGACUGGCAAGAAGAAUGUACUAGGAAAUGAAAGUAUGCCAGGAUUAGACCUAUCUGAUCCGAAGCAGUUGGCUGAGUUUGCUAGACCGGGCCAUAAAAUCAGACUAAAGAAACCAUCUCCCGAGUCCUCUGAUAGAACUAUUGCAUGUCCCCACAAAGGCUGUACGAAGAUGUUCCGAGAUAAUUCAGCGAUGAGAAAGCACCUGCACACGCACGGACCAAGGGUACAUGUAUGUGCUGAGUGUGGUAAAGCAUUUGUAGAGAGUUCGAAGCUAAAACGACAUCAAUUGGUGCACACUGGAGAAAAACCGUUUCAAUGCACCUUUGAGGGAUGUGGAAAGCGGUUUUCUCUUGAUUUUAAUCUAAGAACCCACGUCCGAAUCCACACAGGCGACCGGCCAUACGUGUGUCCAUUCGACGGGUGCAAUAAAAAGUUUGCUCAGAGCACGAACCUGAAGUCGCAUAUUCUGACGCAUGCCAAAGCGAAAUCAAGAAACUCCCUGUCCCGCAAUGGGGGGACAAACUACGAAUCGGCUAGGACAACACCGCAAUAUGUCCAGCUGGAGAUGUCCCCGGAUGACUCCAACCCACAACUAAUAUUCUACACGCACGAAUGA